AUGCCGCUUGUUAGAAUUGAUGUGAUUCGAGACGGGUGGUCACCCAACGAACUCAAAAACCUGGCGGACGUCGUACAGCAGGUGAUGCAGACUCAUUUUAAUGCCCCUGCGCGGGACAGAUACCAGGUCAUUACCCAACACGAAGAUUAUGAGCUCAUUUGUGAAGACACUAACCUGGGCUUCACUCGAACCAAAAAACUUGUGAUCAUUCAGAUCCUGCAACAAGGCCGUAGCGCGGAACAAAAGCAGCAGGCUUUCAAAGCGUUGUCUGAGAAUUUGCAGGAGAAGUGUUCGGUGUCUGGUAAUGAUUUGAUCAUUAGUUGUGCUCAGAACACUCGGGAGGAUUGGAGUUUUGGAAUGGGUAUCGCACAGUUCAUGACUGGACAACUAUGA